AUGGAGGAAGGCAGAAGAAGAGACAGAGACAGGGCUCCUCGCUCUCUCUCUCCCCGGCCAGGCGUCUCCGCAGAGGGGCAGGACGGCCGCCUGGCUGCCGCGUCGCCUCCCCUGCUGUCUCCCUGCCAUUUGCCUUCCUCUCCCUCGUCUGGCUGUCGAGAGGGGACGGCGGAAGUCGUGGCGUCCAGAGAGGAGGAAAUUCUGUUUUCCUUCCGCCAGUGGUGCCUCCAGCUUCCGCCGCUUCUCUCGCAGGUCGCUUCUCUGGAAAGAGAAAAGCCUUCUGCUUCUGGAACGGAGUCGCCCGAUGCGCAGGCAGCUCUCGACUCAGGUGUACAUACACGUGACGCGACGGCCGAGGCCGUGAAGGGGCAACGAAGGUCCUCUGCAGGUUCAGGCGAACAACCGGACGUACCGUUUUCCUUUGCUUCUCCAAGCUCGCUCUUCCCUCAUCCGUCUCCAUCUUUCAUUACUCCUUCUCUUUCAACUUCCUUAAAUGCUUCUCCGAAUCCAGUCUUGGUCCCUUCUCCUUGCUCUUCUUGCUCUUCCUCUUCUUCCUCUUCUUCCUCCUCUUCCUCUUCCUCUUCGUCUUCCUCUUCUUCCUCUUCUUCUUCUUCCUCUUCUUCUCCCUUCUCUUUUUCUUCUGCUCGCUUGUCGGCGUUGUUUCCGAGUUCUGCGUUGCGGCUGCCUGCUCGGCUGCUACAGUGGGCGGAGACAGCGGUGGGCCUAGUAUGGCCGUGUAUAGACACCCCAGAGCUGUACGAAGCGCUUCUUGAGCUUUUUCUCGCGCGAGUGGCGGCGGCGUUUCACCUCCACGCUCAGCGAUUUCUGUGGGCCUUUGCCGACGCUGCGUCUCUCCACACUGGCGCUUCCCAGCAGCUGUCUCUGCCUUCUUCUUCUUUCCAGUCUCUGCCAGCGGACGCCGCGGUAGGCAGGUGCAGCCACCCUCUGCUUUGUUCGGACUCGCGUAGGCCUGCCGCUGCGCGAGGCUCCUCUCCUUGUCCUCUCGCUGCUUCCCUCGCGUCUUCUGCGGCCGACGGUCCUCGGCGCCUCUCGUCUUCGCCUUCUCCAAGUGCCUGCAUGCACGAAGGCGCCUUCUUCGCAUCCACUCGCACAGAUGAGGCUUGCCCUGCCCGCAUGUCGAGAUACCGCGUCGCGCUCGAGCGACACAGCCAGGCAGGUGGGGACCGCGGCUGGGAGUCUCUGUCGGAGAGGGACGGUGACCGAGAAAGGGAGAGUCCCUGCGGAGCGAAGACGAGAGAAGGAAGAGCGACGCAAGCACCGACUGCUGUUCCGGGGGCCGUUGCGCUCGUUCCGCUCUCAGUCCUCUCUCUUGCGCUUCUUCGCAGCGUUGGCAGCUACAUGCGCCUUCUCGACUUUGCGCUCGAGCUGGCAAGUCUCCUCUGGUGUCGCUGGCCCUCUGGAGGCUCUGCGGGCAAGAGCGAAGAUCCCGAAAGAGGAGCGAGAUUAGAGGAGAACGGUCGAGAGCGCGACGAGAACGAGACGAGGAGAGGCAGACGUCGUGGUGGUGUUCACAGCAGCCAAGCGUCUGCAAGCCGCAGACAGUCCAGCGGGGAAGCAGUUCCGGAAGAAACGCUCAUGGGUGGAUGGACGCCCGAAACCGUCGGAGGGGAGCGAAAGGCAGAGGGCAGGACCCCGGCGAUAGACGACGAAGACGACCGACGAGACCAGGCGCGCUAUGAGGCGUACAUACAGCGCAUGAAGGAAGCGGCUUGGGUCGCAGCCGAGGAGCAUCGGCCGCCUCUGGCUGCGACUUUCGUCGAGGCUUUUCAGUCUCUUUUUUUCACAGCCUUUUCGCGCCUUCGUCUUUGUGGUGUUCUCGCGUCUCGCAGCGCUAAAUCAGAGACGAAGCACCCAGAGAAACAGGCGCACUCCGCGCGCGCUACGCAGGCGACUGAGACAGGGCCUUGCCGCAGCUGUACGCCUCGCCUGCGACAGAGGACUGGGAACUCUUCGAGUGUACCUGUCUGUCGCUCUUCUGAGACAGAGAGCGGCGCUGCUUCCUCGGCUGCUGUUCCUCCUUCGAGACAACCAGCGGGGAUGCCUGUUCAGUGCCGAGACUGCGAGGCCGCAGGCAGAGAUAUCCACGAGUUCUGUCGCCUCUUCGACGCCCUCCAGGCGCGAGAGACCCUCGCCGCUCGGGGUGCCUGCGCACUGGGCGCCGCAGGCCUGCAGGCGCGACCGCGGUCGGAGAACGAGGGAUCGGCUGGCGGCGAGAGAGAAGGACCUCUUCCCGGAGCUGCGACUUUGCACCUCCUCAGACGCUACGACCCCCUUCAGGGCGCGCUCGUCUGGUGUCCGGACGAGCGCGAGGAAGAAGAAGUCGAAGGUCAACAAGAUGACGCACGAGAAGAGGCAGAAAUGCGAGCAGUGGAGACGGCGCUGCCUCAGCUGUACGCAGCCGUCACAGGCGCAGGGCCGUCAGCGGCGCUUGCUUCUCCGGGUCCUCUCACCUCUUCCCCCACCUCUCCGAAACGACGAAGGAUGCAUGCAGUUGCAGUAAAGGCUUCAUCGUCUGCGGUGUCUUCGCUCGACAAAGAACCUGCCGUGGGCGCCUCUGGAGGGUCGCUUGACGAUCUCCUGCUGCCGUUUUUGUCCUUCUCGACUGAGACGUCCGAGCCUCUUCGUCUGCUCCUCCCAUUCCUCAACGCUCUCCAAAAGACUCCUGCUCAGCCUCCUCGCGGGAUGCCUCCGUCUCCGACGUCAGAGGCUUCUUCCUUGUCACAUUCAGCCUCUGCGGCUGUCUCUCCUCGGGCCUUGUCGAAAUCGGCCGUCGCGCGCGAACAAGGCCAGACGCAAGGAGAAGGCCGACACGGCCGCCUGCCAGUGUAUGCCCAUCUCCUGAGUGCGCUAGCUGAGGUCCGAGUCCAGCGCGUCGGCGACCGACUCCCGGGAGCUCCUUCAGUUCUCCUGCUGCCUCGCGCAGCCGUCGCAGCGGGGAUUCGAGGCGUCCAGAGGGCAGGACAAAGCUCGGCCAGGCGUUUUGAGGAACGCGCAAUGAUUGCGGAAGGCAACGGGCAAAUCAAGGGAACUGCGACAGGCCACAGUCGCACUCAGAGAGGACGCGCGGAGCCGGAGCGUCUCGACGGUGCAUCCCAUGCAAUGCCGGGAUGCUGCUUCGACGGAAGAGUCUUCGAAGUCUUUCUCGAUGCUGCCGUCGAAGCUGUGGGCGUCACGGGGUGUACGUACACCGUCGCGCAGAGCACGGCGACCGAAUCUGCUGGCGAAUCCUUUGGAGAGUGGGAAAGGUGUGAGUCGUGUUCCCGGUGGUGUGUCCAUGUCUCGGGGCCGGAUGCAACGCCGGAAAGACCUCUGAGAACCGAUGUAAAACUGGAAGACGUUGCGCAUUGUGGGGGUCGAUCUACAGGCUCUGCCCAUCGAAGCAGCUCGGAAAUGCAGAGGAACACAAGCAGCGUCGCCUGGCUUCCCUGUGCAGAGAACGAUGCGUUCCUUCACGAGUUGUCGCUCACGGCCCCGGUGGGCGCUCCGUCGUCUCCGAGGUACUCCUCCUCAGUCCACUUCCUCUCUUCUGCCUCAAUAUCCUCAUCCUGCUGCGCCGCUGGCAACAUCUCCCUCGUGUGUCUGUAUCUCGACGAGAGAAGCAUGUCUCCUUCUUCGUCGCUGCAGCAACCGUCAGCCGCCUCGUUGCCGCGCUCUCCUGCUCCUUUGCUCGCGUGUGCUUCUGAACUUGACGCGGCCCUGCGGUGUUUGUACACCUCGCCGUUCUUUCCCCUAUCUUUUCCGGAGGUAGACACUUCUGAAGUGUCGAGGGAGGCUGGCCGCAGUGGACUGGGCGUCUUCUUUCUUCUGUUUGUGGCGUCUCAGUUCUUCCUCUUUCUUGGCCAGGAGUCUCUGUGGCGAUCGGGGCUCUUCUCAGUACUUCUUCAGCGGCUUCAAGGAGACUGUCUGGAGAUCGACGGGACUUCUGCUUCCUCGUCGGACCUUCAGAUGCGCAGCCGGACGAACCAAGCCUCUUUCCAGUUUCCUCACUUGGGAAACAACAGACAAGACCCAGCUUCUUUCGCGCGUCCCCCGCGUCUCCGCGAGAGCCUCUUCCAGCCGCUUCUGCGUCUCCUGACUGACCACUGUCAUCCCUUCUUGUCUCUCUGUUGGGGCGGCCUGUCGCCGUUCCCGCGACUCUCGGAUCUCUUCGCCGAACUACAAGUAAUCCGUUGCCAAUCGUCAACACCUUUCUCUGCAUGUGCCGGGGCUGCCCUGUCGCCUUUUUCGGGUGUACGUACACCUGGUGAGGCCGGGGAGAGAAGUGCGACGGUCGCUCCGACGCGACAGAGACAUCUCCAGGAUUUGGACGUCGGGCUCUGCAGCCUGGGCGUCACGGCGCUUCUGCUUUUGCGAGAAAAAAGGCUCUCCGCUCUCGCCAGGUCCACGCACCAGUUUCCGGCUUCCCUUCCCUUCCUCGCUGACCUCCGAGCCUCCGACGUCCUGCUGCGGUGCAACAGCAACGUCGCUGCGGGUGCUGCGCUUGGCCUCGCCUCUUCACUCUUUCCCCGGAGAAGAGAGGGGAAUGUCGUCGCUCGCGAUGGAAGACUCUCUCGCUGGAGGGACGAGGGGAGCACGAGAGGCAGGAGUGGAUUGAAGAGCGAAGCAGACUGGUGGGCUCAAGGGCGACAGGAAGUGAACUUCUAUGGGGUUGAGAGUGGACUGUCACCCGAGGACGGAGACCCUGUUGAAGCUGUUUUCCAAGUGCCGCUCACGCCGGACGCCGUGGGGUCUGCGUUUCGGUCAGUGGUCAAGAAGAUGUUUAUUCCACAUUUCCUUGCGCUGCUGCAUGCGCGACAGACUCGGAGCCUCGAGAGGGCAAAGUGGCGACUCGCCCUGGCUGCUCAACUCAGCGCGGUGCUGGGACGGGCGUCGCGCCACGAAGAACGGCGGAAGGUCGAGGGUCUCUUUCGCCUGGACCUGGGCGCGAAGGAGCAGAGCCGUCGCAGAGAGGAAGGCUUUCUUCUCCUCUCUCUCGGCACCUUGCUCGCGCAGCUUCUCCUCGCGCUUCACUUCCUCCGUGUGUCGCCCAGGGCCUCGCGUCGGGUGCUGCUCCCCCUGCGUCGCUUCCUUCUGUACACCCUUUCUCGCUCGGACCUCGAGGCGCUCACCUUCGCGCUUCUCCCUGCUCUCCAGCGGCUGGACGGUCUGCUGUCCAGACAGCCGACAAAGCCAGAGGGAAGAGAGAAACGCAGUCCGGGCUGCAAAGGCGAAGAGCCACAAGGCGGGGGCAGGCGACGCUAUCGAGCAACAGAGGAGAAACUGGAGGAGAGACACGAAGACAGGGAUGCGGCGAACGGAGACUUGGCGGAGGGUCGCAGCGUGGAGGAAGCGUUGGAGAGGGGAAGACACGGGGCGAGGACAGAACAGGGACGAGAGAUGUCUCUGAAAGGAGUGAGGAACAAGCUGUUUCCUUUCUCGCCUCUGGCCGGCGAAGCUCUCCUGCAGGCGCUCGCGAGCGACGCUCCCGGGCCUGCGUGUCUCUGCGAUGUGCUUGCAUGCAAACGGAAGGCCGCGGUCGAGGGUGAGACGAAAAUGCGAGGAGAACGCAAAGGCAAUGAAGGCGAAGCGAGGGACCUUUGUGCAGGUCGUCAUAGCCAGGAGGCAGACAUGGAAAGCGACGGCGAGGGCGGACGAGAGGCGAAGUCGAGGCUGUUGAGGCGCGGCCGUCCGAAAGAGGACGGGCGACUUGGGCGAGGUUCGUCUGUCUCUCGGCGAAGGUCAAGAAGUGAAGGAAGUCGCUCGACACCAAAGAGAGGAGGCAGACGGCGAGGGCCUCGUCUCUCGGGAGGCGCACUCGACGAUAUAGAAAGCGCAGGGAAAUCCGACAUCGCAGACGUCGCGGCGACUGACGACGCGCGGUGUGAAGGAAGGAUGAACGACCGCGCCAUCGGUCCUGACGUCGCUCUUGUUUCGGCAUCCGCUCUUGACACGAGGCGGUCCCGGUCGUCGUCGAGACCCGAAGACACAGCUAGUUGGAGCUACAUGGUGUCUUUGAACUGGCUAACUCGCAGCCAGGACGAGGAGGAGGGCCGCGAGGCGUGCCUGGAGACCAGCGACUCCGACGAGGCGUUCGACGGCGUCUCCGCGCUCGCAGGAGAAUCGGACGCCGUCAACGUGCAUGCAGUCCCUGCUUCACCUGCCUGCAGCCACGACCAGGCAACUCUCACAGGCGUAGAAGGGGCGGCGCUCAUGGGGCAGACGGAGGGAGGUGAGCUGAACGGAUUGCGUUCGACGGCCUCUCAAGGCGGGCACAGCUGGCCAUGGGGUGGCGGAGCCAGGGGACGAAGAAGAACAUUGCUCGACUUCUACGUCGAACUGGUGGGCGGGCCUCUGCGCUUCGCUGCGGCGUACAGACAGCGGCUCGCGAAGCGGCUGGCAGACGUAAACUUCUUCGCGCUCGUCAAGCAGGCUGAGCGUGUGAACGAGGGGAGCGGCGUCUCCUGCCGACCCCGAGGUGGAGAGGAAAGAUGGACGGAAACAAGCGAGAAAGAAGAAAGAGAAGCUGAGGCGCGUGUGGGAGCGGCACCCGGUGUCUCGACAGCUCCGCGGCCGUCCGAACCGAUACCGGCUGUGCUUCGGCUGUACGCAGAGGCCCGGGGGCGGGAAGCUGCGGCGACGAACGGCUGGUGGCCUCCGCGCUCGACUCCUGCGCCUCUGGACCCGCAUGCACUGCCGCGGCUCCUCGCCUUGCUCGCCUCACUCACGGACUACGUGGAGGCUUCAGUUGUCAGUUACCGGGGCCAAGCCACAGCCCUCUCGCUCUUCCCCUUCUUCGCGGGCGGCGCGUCUGAUGGCGACGCACGGGAGGACGCCGAGCGACCCAUGGGCGAAGACCACGAGGAAGAAGAGACUGGCAAAGGCGAAGCCGCGAGGUUCGCGAGCUGUCGAAUCAUGCUCAACGACGCCCGAACGAAUGUGCAGACCUGCAUGCUUCUCGAACGCCGCAGACAGUCGCUCCUCGCGUUCUUUGAAACGAAGAGAGAGGAAGCGAGAAAGAGAGAACAGGCUAGCAAAAGCUCAAGCUUCGGCGAAGUGGAGGAGCUCCAGCGCUCGGCUGCACGCGGAAGCGUCGUCGGGGAUGCGCUCGCGGGGGUGCUCCACGAGGAAGGCGACAUGGGCCGCGACGAGUUGAAUCUCGAGAGCGAAGCGGUGACGCCCGCGCGUCGCGGCGGGAAGCGAGGCACCCGGCCAGCCCCGCGGAUCUCACUGCCUCUGCCGCUUCGCGAAGACUUAGGAAGGACGCCUGUGAGGCGCGUUCUUCAAAGGCCUGCUCGCGGCAGGCGCUCAAGCAGUCGGCAGAAGUCGAAACAAGCCGAGGACCAUGGGGUUUCUGGAGGGUCGCCCGUCUCUCCCGAGUCCGGCGAAUCGCUGGAGACGCCAGAGCACUGCGGCGCUGCGGUCGAAAUGCGCCAUGGGUCCCGAAGACGCCGAAGCAGCUUCUGUUGGCCGGGCAGUCAGGGGGCGCGUCCUCCCCAGUUGCUCGACGGAGAGGCGUUGCCGUCUGCACCUGACGGCGACCUCGCCGACCUCGGCCGCGAAGAAGCUCUGGAUCCCGAGAGCGUCUUUGACGCCGUCGCAUGCACUCCCUCGCAGAUGUCUGUGCGGCUGCCCUCGCAGCCGCAGCGGAGGCGGUCACGGCCUUCCGCCGCGUUGUUCGAUCCCUCGGACGAGGACAGAGAAACUACGCCGCUGUCUGCGGCUCCGGCCUCUACGCGCCUGUCGCGCUCGCGUGUGUCGCCUCUUGUCUCCCCGUCCUCCGCCUCGUCCGCCUCGCCCACGCCGUCCAGGCCCCGCCGGAGUCUGCGAGUCGCCUUGAGGCGCCGGACGACCGCGGGCUCCGCCGGCUGGGGACCCGGGCCACUGGGCCUCUUUCCGGAAGGGCAGGAGAGUCCUGCGGACUCUGGUGAGGUGGGUGCAAAGCUGCAAAUUCCGCGAACGAUGCUGGGCGACGGCGGACUCCGGCAACAUGCAGGAGGCGUUGCCACUCUCGCAGGCACCCGGAAGAGUUUAGGGACUCUGCCGAGACCGACAGAUGGAUUUCGCACGUCGAUGGCUGUUUGCCCUGCGCCAGGGCCGGAUGCUCCGGCCGCUGUGUCGGCGGGCGACUGUGGGGUGUCUCCAUCAGUAUCUGCCCUGACCUUCUUCGGAGACUCUUCUCUCUCCCUCUGUCUCCCCUCUCUUACCGUCUGCCUCGCCGCACUCUUCUUCUGGCCCUCGCCCAUGUCGCCCUGUCGGCCGGCGCCGGACGGGGGCUCCUUCGCCGCCUCGGGUCGAUCCGCGGCAGGGGGCUGGAGUGUAGAUGUCCGCCAGCAGACGACACCGAAAGGCGAGAUGCAGCGGCUGCCGCUGCUGCUGCGGGCGGCCGAGCACGAGUGUACUCGAGCAUACGAAGAGAACUGCCUCGGGCGCUGGGUGCCAGAGUUCUUUCACAGAGACUCGCUCGUGGAAAUCGAGCUUUCUCUCUCCCGCGCGAGCGACGGCGAUCCGCGAAGCCGCCGCGCCUGGGUGUCUGUGCACCAAGCCGCAAUUCUCCUGCUGCUCGACGGCCAGGAGAUGGAGGCCUGCGAAGACGCCGCGGAGGCUGAGCCUGGAGGGAAGGACGUCGGUUCGGCGGCCUCGAGGGUCGGGGGGACUUUGGCGGCCGGGCGCGCGGCUGAGACGGAGACUCGCGGAGACGCUGCGGAGACGGGGAGGGAGAAGAGGGGGGCGUUUUGUCUGUCUGCACAGGAAAUCGCAGAUACCCUCAAGAUCGAGGUGCGACACCUGCGGAGACACCUAAAGAUUCUCCUUGUGGCGGGCUGGGUUGGGCGCGCUCGACGCAGCGCCUUGGGGCUCAAGGGACGAAACGGACAGGGAAUUAUGCUUGAGGGAAGAGAGGCAGAAGGAGGAGGUGGGCGUCGCUUUUCUAACGGGCGAUCGUCUGUGCAGCCCUGGGGUGAAGCCGCCGAGACGAGGAGCGCCGAGACACUCCUGACCAAUACGGGGGCCGCGAACGGGGCGAGGAGCGAUCGAGGAGCCGAUGUGUGCCAACGACGAGGGAGACGAGACAGAGACGAUAGAGACGCGUGGGUGUAUUUCCUGGCCCCCGAAGAGAGCCAACCCCCCCGCGCUGGGUCGCCUGUCGGUGGCAGACGCGCGGCCGACGCCUGGCGACCUCAUGCCCUCUCAACAGACCCCCAGCGGCGCGUCCAGGGCGCCGCCGCGAACUCGAGAGGGAGCACAGAGAAGAGUCGCCGAAGGAUGGCAAGUCGAGAGAGGCAGAAGUUGCCUUCCUCCGACUCCACGGGGACUCGACCUCUCUGGGGACUGGGGUACACGCGCCGUGAGGCCGGGCAGAGACUUGCGAGCAGCGAGGAGGAGAAUCGAUCAGAGGAGCUGGAAAAGCGUUCAGAGGGCCUGAACCGAGAAGGCAGAUACCCUCGCGACUUAGAGGAAGCAAGCGGAGGAAUGGAGGCGGAAUCGGAAUACGAAGGGGACGCGUUUAUGCCUUUUUCCUCUGGGACCCGAUCAGAACCGCGCGCGACGGCCCUGCGCUCCCACUGCGCCUUGGAGGGCAGGCCACGGACGUCUCGUCGCAUACCUGCGAGUCUGGUUUCCGUACAAGAGACAGAGAGGAACUUCUCUGCGUUUUCGCCUUCAUCUUCGUCUCUCUCAGAGAAGGAGCUUCAGGCGAGGCGCCGAGCUCCGAAAGAACCCAAGUCUCUCCUCGCCGCGCGCGUGAGGGACUGGGUGCCCGACGGACCACGAAGGCGACACUCAGACGGAGAGACAGAAGGAUCUUUGAUGGAGAUCGAAGAAGGUUUCCGGUCUGGUGCGGGCUGUCUGGAGGCGACCCCGUUUGCCUGUGGCGAAGACUUGGACCUUUCGAAUCCGCAGCCCCUGCUGUUGUCGUCCCUUCCUUCGCAGAGGCGAAAGCGAGACAGAGGCGGUCAUGCUGUACAGACAGCGGAAAUGCAUGCGCUGUGGUCCGCGCGCGAGAAGGACGUGGCCGAGCUUCUAGGAGGCUUUCCUGGCGACGGCGGGCUCGAGACACAUGCGGCAGAAAGACCUUUGGGGUUGUUUUCCCCGGAUCUGCUCGAGCCGCGAACCUCGACUGUUGCGGACUUCACCGAGGGCGAAGAAGAAGACCGCGCGAGGCGAAACGACGAAGACUCGCCCGACAAAGGCCCUUUGUACUCGCCUCGACACGCGUUCGCGCUGGGACACAUGACAAAUCAGGAAGCCCGGAACGGGCUCGCGUCCGCCGCCGGUUCAGGUGUACGUACACCGCGCGACGAGACCGCCGAGCGCUUCAUCCUGGACAUCAUGCGUGAACGGGCGUCGAACGUAGCGAAUGUCCUCCACAAGGCCACGCCGUCGUUCGUUCUCCUGGCCCGCAUGCAGCAACGCGCAAAACAGAUGAGUGAACAAAAGGGCGCGGAGGGAGGAACGGCGGCAGAGGGCGAAGAACCGAAGAAGUGGAGCCACGAGCAGGUGCUGGAAAUGUUGCAGAACCUCGAGAGGGAGGGCCGCGUGAGGAAGGUUUGCGGAAACUGGGAGCUUGUGGAGUAG